UGUGACUAAAGUAAGGUGAUCACACAUCCUUUUCACGAGAUGCUAAUAAAUAACGUCAAACAGAUUGUGUCAUGUUAUUAAAUGUAUUGAUGUCUCAGUGUACAUUUGACACUAGUUAUGUGGGUGAGUAAUUGUAAGGAUAAAAUGGGCCAAUAUUGAAAGGAUCAGCAGAGCUUAUUUGGAGACGGACAGAGACAAGCCAUUUACAAAUUACAUCAUUCCACAUUCAUGUUUUAAAUGGUUUAGAGAAAGCUUGUAAUGUAAAUGUGAAUUAUGUGUCGUAUCAAUAGAAAAACUAGCUUCAUUGCAUUGUUUAUGAGUGUCACUGUGUAUUGAUCCAAAUGAGUAUAAAACCAUGGAAAUUAUUUCUGUCUGCAUAGUUUAAGUAUUGAAAGCAAGAGGGAUGUCUCUUGGAAUGGCACUGAAUUAUAGCCAUAAGUAGAUGGUUGGAGAUUUCAACAACUAUGAAUUAUUGAUCUAUCUCAGUUCAAUACACAACCCCAUAAAUACUGAUCAGAAAUACCUUUUAAAACACAUUUUUUGAAUGGGAGCAACUCUCUGCUGUCUUGCUCUUCAGGUGCCUUGCAGUCGCUAAUAAGGUGUAUCAAAUACUUUUGUCCUUAAGGUGCCCAGAGAUGCCACCUCAGUUUAGGGGAGGACAGCAAUAGUGAAAAUUUUCAAGGUAUUACUUCUCGAUCCUUUGGAAGUGUCACCUUAAUGGACUAUGGGCAAGCAGCAGAGUAAACUGGACUCGACGGAAUUAAAGGAGCUGCUAGACUGCACAUACUUCGAUAGGAAAGAAUUGCUGAAUUGGUAUCGAGAUUUCAUGAGGGACUGCCCUAGUGGUGUUUUACAAAGAGAGGAGUUCCAUACAAUAUAUCAACAGUUCUUCCCAAAUGGUGACCCUACCAAAUUUGCCAGUUUUGUCUUCAAUGUUUUUGAUGCAAACAAGGAUGGUUAUAUAUCUUUUAAAGAAUUUAUUUGUGCUUUAUCCAUAACUUCAAGAGGUUCACUGGAUGAGAAACUAGACUGGGCCUUCAGUCUAUAUGAUCUGGAUAAUGAUGGCUAUAUCACAAAAGAAGAAAUGGUCAGUAUAGUGGAUGCUAUUUAUAGCAUGGUAGGGAACCUCCUAGACCUCCCCAAGGAUGAGGAUACCCCAGAAAAGAGAGUGGAAAAGAUCUUCACCCAGAUGGAUACAAAUAAUGAUGGUAAACUGACAAAAGAUGAGUUUCGGGAAGGCUCAAAGUGUGAUCCAUGGAUUGUUGAAGCGUUAUCUACCCCACAUAGAUAAAAGAUGCUAGUGUCUGCCAAAAUCCUGCAAAUCAUGGCAUUGACUGUUCAUACCGAUACGAGUUGUGAAUGUUUGAAAAAUUGACAUCUUUUGAAAUACAUGAAUUUGCAUAGCAAAUAUCUUGGUUGAAAAUGGAACAGAUUUUGACAACAAACUGUACAUGUAUCAUUUCUCCCCCAGUUAUUUACAAAUCUGUAUAAUUUUGUAUGAAUAUGAAGUGAUAUUUGAUGCCUUUUCCUCUCCUUGCUGUCUUUGUGAUACAUUUGUUGAGAUCUCUACAACUAUAUAUUUCAGCUUACAGCUGUCAGAGGCUUUACUAAGUUUCUCUGAUCAGAGUUUGCAUGGUGUAUUUGUAUGUUUGUUUGUUUGGAUAACUUUUCAAAUAUUUAUUUUAUUCUCUAGAAUCACUGAGCCAAUUGCAACCAAACUUGCCAGAAAGCAUCCUUGGGUAAGGGGGAUUGAUUAAUUCAAAUGAAGACCCACUUCCACCUUUCCAAGGAGCUAUAAUGUUAUACAUGUAAAAACAUAAUUAAAAAAAAGGCUGAUGUCAUAGUAAAAAAUCAUCUCAUGAACAAGGCAAAAUUUUUUGUGAAACGUGAAUGUUUUGUGAAGAUUCAUUUGGAACCCCCCCCCUCCACUCACCCACCCUCUUCUACAAAAGAGGUUUCAUUACUGUGUGUGUACAUAAAUUAACAUGUUUUUAAGCACAAUCACUGGGUAUCGAGUGGUUGGCAUAAUCAUGAAUUAGCACUUCACAUGUCCAAGCUGUGUACUAUAUUUAUUAAUGAUUUAUUAAGAGUACCGUAUUCAUUAAUUAGUGCAUUGUUGAUUAUGCCAAAUCCACUAAAAUAUGAAGCCCGCUUUUUUAAAGCACGCACACACAUACAGUAUAUGGUAUGGGGAAAAGGAUGUGAAAAUCAAGAUUCAAAUUUGUUCAAGGGCCCCUUGUUGAUCAAUAUACUUUCUUGUUAUUGAGCUUACAAGCUUACAGGCUUUUUUUUUAAUAUUAAAAUUAUAAUCCUUCAAACUGCACAGAGAACUGGCCACUUUUUAUUCGAAUUGUUAAAAUAUGUCAGUAAACAUCAUCUAGAUUGCCUAUUUUAGUAUAUAUGUAUCAUUUUUCAACAAUUUUAAAUGAAAUGGGAUUUGAAAGACUAUUCCCCCAAAAGAAUUAUCACUUGAGAACAAUAUUAUUCCUAUAAUGUUUUCUGUUAUAUUUUGUUAA